ACAGAUCAUAUGAUUAGUGAUUGCUGAAGAGGAGAAAAGAAGGCGUGUACGUCGAAGAGACGUAGAAUCGUGUUAUUAUUAAAACGCACUGAACGAGAUGGGAGCCGCAGCCACUCCUAUUAUUGUCUUUACUGCAAUCUGGGGUGUUGUUGGUAUUGUUUUACCAUUUGUAGUGCCUAAAGGACCCAACAGAGGGGUAUUACAAGUUGUAUUGAUGCUGACGGCUGCAACUUGUUGGCUCUUCUGGUUAUGUUGUUACAUGGCUCAGAUGAAUCCUUUGAUCGGCCCUAAAAUUUCAAACACAACUCUUGCACUUAUGGCCACUCAGUGGAGUGGAUACACACCAAAAUAAAUGGGUCACAAGCAUAACAUAAAAUAGGGAGGACAUCUCUCUACACAUGAGAAUAUGGUUUUGUGUUACCAUUCUAGUUCAGGAAAGAACUGUCACUUUAUUUGUUGGUGUUUGUAUGUUUGUGUAUAUGUAGCAGAAAAUGAUUAAGUUAUUGUCAAACAAUGUAAAAUCCAAGAUGGAAUAACAAUAUGUAAAGGAUUCUUAACUACUCACCACACAGGGGAGGCAUUUAUUCAUAGAGCAGCACAGUGAACAAGAAUGCUAGAUAUAUUCAGCAAUCAAAUCCUGUCGCACACUUAAGAAUUCACUAAUUUCACUUGUUCUCUCAGUUGCUCUGUCGUACUGAUUAUAACUGCUGGAAGAGUUUCCCCAAGUCAGUGUUUCAACAAUUGCAUCAAAAUAUGGCCCCAUGAGCUUCUUUUCAAGUUUUGUAGCUGCUGCUCAUUCAGAUUUGAUUAGCAUGCUUCUCCUUGUAACAGACUUCUUUUCAGUGCUAAUCUAUUUUGCCAUCAUUGAAUAACCAGUGGCUUGGAAACUUGAAGAAAGAGCUGAUGAGGCUGGAUUUUGAAACUUUUGAAACAAUUUCUGGGUGAGGUGAGGCUUCAUCAGUUAGUCUGUAUAACAGAGUAUCUGCAACAACAAAAGUAUUUUGCUAACUCUAGAGGUUCACAUGCUUUACCUACUGAAUAUAUCAAGCAUUCUCUUUCAUUGCGCUUGUCUGCUGCUCAGUCUGUGAGUAGCAAUUUAUUCUUUCCAUUAAGUUGUUAUUAUUGUCUAUAUUAUUGUCAGAACUGUUCAUCAUUUCUGAAAGCAUUGUAAAUACUGUUGUAUAAUAACAUUUAUUAUUUAAAAUAAACUAAUAUAAUCAUUUAAUAAAAACAUUCCAGAAAGGGUAAUAGGGUGUUUGUGUACAGUCAUGUAGUUGUAUCCAAGUAAUUGUUAUCAGUUCUCAGCUGUUACCAUGUUUUAGAGUAGCAUAGAUUUCUGGCAGUGAUACUUACUAUCUGUGGAAGCUACUAACGUAAAUUUUUCAUCAGUGUAAUAAAAUAUCUUGUUUCAUUAUUGUCAAUAAAUUGAUUACACAUGUCUUUUAAA